GGUCGACCAACCCCGUGGUGGCGCGGGCGCUGGGCCAGGUCAUGCCCAAUUGUGGAGGCGGCGACGACGACAGCAGCCACGUCUUCCACGCGGCCUCGGCUUCGUCGGCCCGCGGCCCCAAGAAGGAGGCGUCGCCGAGAAGGAAGUCUGCCGUGGCCCACGCCAACUCCAUGACGGCGCUCAACUCUGUUACGCGCGAAGCGCAAGACUUCAUCGUGGACUCCAUGUUGAAAAACGCCAACUUGAGCGCGUGCCUUGCAGGCCUCGUCGACGAGGAGGAGGGCGCCGCCAGCGAGGACGUGGCCCGCCGCAUCGCGGCCUCCGCCGAGCGGCGCGCGGUGCGCAGCGGCGAGGUGGUGGCCGAACGGGGCGACAUAGG